CAUGUAUAACAAUGGCGACCGUCGAGGCUACACAACCUGCUCAGGUUGAUGUUUCCAAAACGAGCAGUUUGCCAGCCGAAGGACAUGAGAAGAAAUGUAUUUUCUGCAAGAUCGUGAACAAUGAAAUGGGCACGGAGCUUCUUCACUGUGAUGAAGAGAUCUCAUGUUUCAGAGACAUCAAACCUGCAGCUCCUCACCAUUACCUGGUCGUGCCAACCAAACAUGUAGGGAACUGUAAAUCACUCAGCAAAGAACAUGUGCCUUUGGUGACGCGAAUGGUUGAGACAGGGAAGGAGAUCCUCCAGAAAAACAAUGUAACAGACCUCAGUGAUGUCAGGUUUGGUUUCCACUGGCCCCCAUUCUGCUCUGUUACACACCUACACCUUCAUGUUCUGGCACCUGCCAGUCAAAUGGGCUUCAUGUCCCGCCUCUUCUACAGACUCAACUCCUAUUGGUUCAUCACAGCAGAUCAGCUGAUUGAACUUCUCAACUCUAAAGGAGAGACCAACUGAUCACUCGCUCUGGAUCCAGUUCACACAGUACCUAUCUUUGAUGUGACUGAAACAUCCACGUUCUUGCAGAUGUCAUGUUGGAUGACACACUCUCACACUAAGCUGCUGUCUGUUUGAUCAGAGCUGAUGGCAGUAUUUUAAACUGGUGAUAAUUUGUAACAAGUAACCUCUUUCCAGUCUGGAUGCCAAAUGGAGGCUUGAAUGGAGCCAAAUCCUGUUUCUUGCUACUUGAGACAUGUGUAUUUUUGCAGAAGUUCAUGAGUUCAUGAAACCUCCAUGGAUCUGCUGUAAUAAAAAUGAAUUUAUUUUAUGGACCAAGUAAUGUAUGGUGUAAUUCAACUAUUUCAUUUGAUAAUCACAAAGAAAAUGUGGAAGGUAUCAGCCCAUAUAAUGUAAGAUUGCUUUAGUGCUUUGAAAAUCUGAUUUUAUGCAUGUGUAAAUCUAGUUAAACCCUGUGCAAAAAAUGAAAUGAAAGUGUAAUUAAUAUAUACACAUAACAUAUUGGACAGCUGUAAAUAUCAUGAGUUUCUCAGCAUUUCGUGGCCAAGCUCACGUGGGUCAAAGCACUGAUGCGUUAACUAGUUACACAUCUCCUUUACAGUGGAAGCAGCUAAGUCAUCUUCUGACAAUGUAAAGUUUUCAUAAUAAGCUCAACAAGCAGUGAAAUAUAGUGGGGUAUUUGUUUAUAUGUCUCAUAUCUGAUCUGAUGUAAUUUCAUGGGAAGGUGAUAAAGUAUAUAAUAUGAAAGAAAUGGUUGGUGCAUGAAGCGGAUAUUUUAUGCGAUACAAUACUGCUGUAGACCAAGGAAUAGAAAGAAAGAAAAUCAUACUGUAUGUACUGUAUGGAAGUGUAUGCACUUUAAGA